GUGGUAGUCGUAGUUGUAGUAGUAGUACUGGUCCCCAGCUCAGAUCUCUCCGCGCUCUCGAUCUGCCCCAACCAAUGUCACACUAUUGGAGCCCUGCCUCAACUACGCUUGUCGUCACUCUGCGGUCUGCUUUCGUCUUGUUCGCCUUUUUCAGGUUUUCUCGCUCCGCGUUUCGGGAGGCCUCCCCCACUCCUUGGCCAACUUGACUUGAUGCUGCCUCUACUUUACGCUACUGGAUCGAAUUUUGUGUAGAUAGAGGCCAGAUUUUGUAAGGAGGCAGGGGAGGGGCAUCAUGGAGGGCGAAGACAGUGAUGUGCGGGGUGGCUCUCCCUGGUACAUUUGCUGGAGCUAGUGCUCGCGUGCUGGCCCUUAAGUGCUUGGCAGGUGCAGCUUGAAUUUCCAUAUUGGAAACAGUUGUGGUGUGGCUGGUGACCAGAAAGUGGAGUUUAAUUUCAAGGGGCGAGUUCUGAGGACGUGCAGGGAGCAGGGGCGUUUUUUUUUUUUUUUUUUUUUUUUUUCUCGUAAUGGAGAGUGCUAGUAGGAACUUAGUCAACUUCAGCUAUGGCGGGCCUCCUAGGAUGUACAGGCUUGAUCCAACUCUCAUCCCGCAGCAUUCACCACUCGCUCAGCCACGAAUGCUUUCAGAGCUGCCUGAGGCAGCAAACCGCCUCGACUUAACCUCCGCCAUUGCCCACGAACUCCAACGCAUAAACAGCCAACCGGGCUGGCUUCCCUGGAACCAGCAAUUAGGCGAGAUUCAAUGUUCGCAUGAGCCCGCAAAUGGCUUGCAACUCCCGCCUGACUCGCUUCUAUCUCAUCAGAACGCCGGCAGCGCAGGCCGACCCAUUCCGCAGUACAUUCCUCGGUUCGACGAAGCGCUGAGGCCUCCCGCCCAGCAAUUGCCAACGAGAUUGGACCUGUACAGCCCCGACUUGGAGCCGCUUGCAAGCGCACAUCAGGGGUUCUACUCGAGGGCUGACAAUGGAGUACCGAGGGAUGUGGGCGCGCAUCAGCGAACGCGACUGCACCCAGGCCACCAGGCGUUGGACGCAGGUGGGCGGGUGGAGUCCAUGGCGCGAUCGGUGUCGCCAUGGAUCGAGCGCAUGAUGCAGGCGGACGUGACGCCGACGCCGAGCCCGAGCCUGGGCAUCUCGACGAGCCUGAGCCUGUCGCAGAGGGGUCUGGGGGAAGCGAGCUGCGUGGCGAGCCAAACGGCGGAGCUGCAAUCGUGUCACAGCAGCGACGUGCAGCGGAGCGCGUUCCAGUGCGGGGUGCAGCGCGAUCAGUCGACGGCGGAGGCGUCGGCGGAGCUGUGUACGGACGACGAGGACUGGGAGGCACGGCCUUUGGACGAGAAGCGGAAGAAGAGGAUGUUGUCGAACAGGGCGUCAGCGCAACGUUCUCGGCAGAGACGGCAGGAGCGGCUGGACCAGCUGGAAGUGCUGACCGCACAGCUGCGGGUGGAGAACUCGACGUUGCAGAAGAAGCUGGGCGUGGCGGUGCAAGUGGCGAAGAAGUUCGAGGACGAGAACAAGGCGCUGCAGAGGAGAGUGGAGAGGCUGAGCAAGGAGCUGGAGAGCGGGAAGGCAAGGAUGCCGACAGAGCGGGCGUUCGACGAGUGCGCGAGCAGCCAGCAAACAACAUGCACAAGCUCGUGCGAAAUGGUGGGGGGGCGGACGUCGGUGGAUCCGAACGUGAUGCGGAGUGGGAACGAUGGGGAGUCGAUACCGUCGAUGUCAGCGGGGAGUGCAGCAGCCACGGAGACGGAGACGAAAGGAGUGGAGGGGGCGAGCAAUGGGAAGCACGGCGACGGGGUGAGUUCGGUGCGGAAGUCGCUGUCGGAGUGGCGGAUGGGGAAGAAGCGGACGUUGGAGGAGUCGGUUUCGUUCGGGGGAUCGCACAGCGCGCCGAUGGGGAAUUGCAUGGGGCCGGGGUCGGCGUCCGGGGAGUUGUGGACGAGCUCACACACGAGCCUGGCGCGGGCAGGAUCGCCAGGGACGGGGGUAGAGAGGGAAUGCGGGAAUGUGCUGGAGUCGAUGAGGUCGCCGUUCGGGGGGUCGUUCGGGAUGGAGGCGACGAUGAAGGAGGAUGCGAGUCAGAUGGAUUGUAUGGAGGCAGAUCGGUGGUUGGAGUUCGCGGAGUGCUUCAAGUGAGGUGUUGGGGAGAGCGGAUGGUGACACCGCUGAAGCUCAGUGAUGCUAGAUUGUGGAGAGAUGGAGGGGAAGUGGAAGGGUGGUAGCUGGCAGGAGGAUAGAUGAGUAAGAUUUUGAAGAUGUACAUUAUUCAUCGGAAGUAGCAUUGAUGAUCAUCGGUUUUAGUUUUUUUAUUUUUAUUUUGUGUCAUGUUGGCUUGCUUGUUGUGAACAGUUUUUUCGCCGUUGGGUAUGCUUGUUCA